GUCUUUGAUUGUAGCAUUUUCCCAAUUUGCAUUGAAUGGCUUCGACUUCAGCUGCUGUGCCACCGUGCGCCGAGCCGUCCGCCGUCCCCACGGAGAAGGACUUUUUUACCAGCGAGGCGUCUGGCAAGCGCAUCUUCACCAAGCGAUGGCCCAUCGCAGCCGGCGCCAAGCCAAAGGCGCUCAUGUUCAUCUCGCACGGCGUCGGCGAGCAUUGCCAGCGGUACAACCUGCUCGGCCGCGCGCUCGCCGAACUCGGCAUCCUCGCCUUCUCCCACGACCACUACGGCCACGGCCACUCGGGCGGCCACAAGGUCGACGUCGAGGACUUUUCGCUCUACGUCAAGGACAUUUUCCAGCACUGCGAUGCCGUGACCCAGGAGUUCCCGCGCACCAAGGUCUUCUUGUUCGGUCACUCGAUGGGCGGCGCGAUCGCCAUCUCUGCUGGCAUCACUCGCUCGCACUACUUUGACGCGGUUGUGCUCAGUGCACCUGCCAUCGUCCCGGAUCCGGCCACAGCCACGCCGGUCAAGGUUGCGGCUGCAAAGUUCUUUGCGUGGCUUGCCCCGCAGCUGCAGGUCGGAGCCGUUCCUCCGACGUUUAUCAGCCGCGACCCGGCUGUCGUCGCCGCCUAUGCCGUCGAUCCGCUCAACUGGCACGGCGGCUUGAAGGCCCGCUGGGCGAGCGUUCUCCUCAAGCAGCUCGACGUCAUCCAGGCCGCCAUCCCUGGCAUCGAGUGGCCCUUCAUUGUUCUGCAAGGCACCGAAGACAAGCUGGUCAACUUUGCUGGCGCGGAGACCCUGUACAAUGGAGCUGCCUCAAAGGACAAGACGUACAAAAAGUACGAGGGCUACUACCACGAGCUGCUCAACGAGCCCAAGGAGUAUUCUGAUAUUGUCCUGAAGGAUAUUAUUGACUGGCUCACGCCUCGCAUCUGAGCGGCAAACUUGCUGCUAUUGUUGCUCGCGUUGUGUUUUCGAUUUGUUUGCUCCGUUGGUUUUUUGCAAUCAACGUUACGUCGCUUCCGUUACAGCUUUUGUUCUCCAAUACCGUACAUUCGCGUUUAAUGAUCCUCCAUGUCGUAGCACAAACGACGCUCGGAAAGCGCAUUAAAUAUUCAAACUCAUUGAGCUCACCUGAAUUGGUUCAUUCCUGCUUCC